CUAUAUUCAUAUUCUCUUUAUUAGAGCGAGAUUAAGGAUGAGUAGCAGAAGGGGCGGUAACGGCGGCGGCGGCGGAGUUGCUAUGAUUCCGACGGGGUCGCGGAAGAUGGUGGACAGUUUGAAGGAGAUAGUGAAGAACCAUCCUGAUUCUGAGAUCUACGCCGCUCUUAAAGAGUGUAAUAUGGACCCUAACGAAGCCGUCAGCAGGCUCCUCUCUCAAGAUCCUUUUCAUGAGGUGAAAAGCAAGCGAGAUAAAAGAAAAGAGAAUAAAGAUGCUCCCGAAUCUAGAUCACAUGGUGCUAGUAGUUAUGGCCGUGGUAGCAAGGGAAGUGCAGAUCGUUAUGCUGGGCGUGGUGGUUCAGACUUGGCUUUACACGGCAAAUCAACCUCUGCAUACAAGGAGAAUGGAUUUAGUACAACGAAAUCAACAAGAAUAACAGGGAGUGUUACAACUAGGCGGCUGCCUACCAUCAAUGAUGCCGUUGACACUGAAAAGAAGAAGUUAGCUGAUGAUGUUUCACCAACUCCACAAUAUUCAUCUGGGCACCAGCCUGCUUGGGUAGGUGUUCCAGGGAAAAUGUCAAUGGCUGAUAUUGUGAAGAAGGGUAAGCCACACAGUAAAGCAACAGAUGGUUCAAGUAAUGAAUCUUGGCCACAGGCCAAUGUUGCUAGUCACAGCUUUUCCCAGAGGUCUUCUGGUGGUCCUCUAGAUGAGAAUUGGCAUCUUUCUCAAGAUGACCAGACUUCUCCUGCUCAACAGCAUGAUGACUGGCCUUUAAUUGAGCAACCAUCAGCUGCUGCUAGAAAUUAUUCUGUCCCGGAUCCUCCUACGUCCCAGCUGCAUCCAAAUUCAUCUACUAUGGAGUUCAAUAGAACUAGCGAACAUCAACCCCAGUUCGACGAGGUUCCAGAAGCACAAUUUAAUGACACAGAUAAUGUAAAUUCUGCUGGUGACGGUCCCAUGGUGUCCAACUCUCUUCAUGACAGAAAAUUUGUGGAUGAUAAUUCUGGAGGUGCAGACAACGAUCUUGAUAGAUACCAGCCUUCUCUUAAUCAUGCUUUUGAUGGUACUGAAGUUGAUGAUGCUGAUGCUUCAGUUUCAUUAGUUGCUGCCAACAUGCAACAAAUUAGUAUACAGGAGGAGGAGCAAGUUGCAUCACCUGAAAGGGAUGGACCUUCUGUAGUGAUUCCUGAGCACCUGCAAGUUCAAGCUGCAGACUGUUUGAACCUCAGUUUUGGUAGCUUUGGAACUGGAAUUAGUGCUACACCCUCUGGGGAUUUGGCAUCUGCUCCCGUAGAGACACACGUGGAAGAUACAUCUGUAGAUGCAGAUGCUCCACCUGAUGGGCAUUUGACCAAUGUAAGUUCUGAAUACUAUGGUGAUGAGGAUCUGAGGAAUGCAACUGGUGAUAUUUUAUUCCAUAGGACAGAAGCUGUUUCUGAGAAUUAUGAGCAGCCAACUGAUUCACAGCCAGACUCACUGAAAGUGGAAUAUCCUGAAGCAGCAGCAGCACAGUCCAACCAAUAUAGCUUUCCCUCUUCUAAACCUGCAGACUAUACUUAUGAGAAUUCUCAAUCGCCUAAUGUGGCAUUUAGUCAAUCUCAAACAAGCUCACACACAAAGAAUAACGCUUCGUUUACAAAUUCCAUGGGCUACUCUAGUUCCUUACCUAGCAAUUUGUUGACGGCAAAUGUUCAUGCUGGUAGAGAGUCUGAACAUCCUUAUUCACCAUUUUCUUCACAAGCAAUGCCUCCAAAGUAUAACAAUUCAGUUUCUAUUUCUGGGGGUUCUUCAAUUUCCAUGCCAGAGGCUUUGAAGGCUAUUGGUUUAUCAUCAACCCAUCUUACACAGCAGAGUCUUAAUGGGAGUAACAUUGCUACAGGACCCGCUAUACAUCAACACCUUGCCUUGCAUCCAUAUUCGCAACAAACACUUCCCGUUGGGCCUUUUACCAACAUAAUUAGUUACCCUUACAUGCCACAGAGUUAUACAUAUAUGCCUCCUGGUUUCCAACAACCACCCUUUGCUGCCGGUAAUAGUUCUUACCAACAAUCGCUGGCAGCAUUGCUCCCACAGUACAAGAAUAGUGUGUCGGUUAGUAGCUUGCCUCCCCCUGCUGCUGGUGUUGCUUCUGGAUAUGGUGGUGCCUUUGGGAAUAGUAGUGGCACGAUUCAUGGAAGCUUCCCAUUGCAUCCUUCUGCGGCUCCUAGCACAUCUUUGGGUAUUGAUGAUGGGCUAAGUUCCCGGUACAAGGACAUAAAUCACUUAAUGUCCCUUCAACAAGGUGAUAAUUCAGGAAUGUGGGUCCACGGACACAGUUCCCGAACAAUGUCUGCGCCUCCCACCAAUCCAUACUACAACAUUCAAGGGCACAAUCAACCACCCGGAGGUGGGUUCCGGCAAGUUCCCCAGCAGUCAUCUCAGAACCACGCAUCUUUGGGAUACCCAAACUUCUAUCAUUCUCAAGCUGGGAUCUCGCUGGAUCACCACCACCACCCGCAGCAGCACCUGAGAGAUGGUUCUCUGGCAGGUGCUCAAGUCCAGCAGCCAAAGCCAUCUUCCCAACAGCUGUGGCAAAACGGCUACUAAUCGCUUACUUCCCCCCUCCAGCACCUCUCAGUUUUUUCAGGGUCUUGUAAUCAUAAUGAAAGCUGCCGUUGGAGCUUGUUUAGCCGCGCCAAUAAUUUAUGUUCUCGGCACGCGAAGGCUCCAUUGGCUGCUUGCCCUGUGCUUAGAGGUUGUGUAUUUUUACUUAUUUUCAUAUAUCAUCAGUUAUUGUUGCUAUAGUACAGAGAUAAAGUUGGUGUUGGGGGGAAUAUUUGUGCUUGAAUUUUGAACACUUUUUUUCAGUAACAGUAAUGUUAUGCAUACUCCUUAACCAUUUAGCUAUAAACUUUGAUUUUUCCACAAAAAAAAAUUAUUCUCUAACCU